GCCGAGUUUCUACAGAAUGAAUUAGGUGGAUGAAAUAGGCUCGAAUCUUCAGAGUGGUUCUUGUGAGAUGCUUCAUCGGUGACGUCACACAGAUUGCCACUGCCCUCAGACUACUUUAGGCCCGGCUCAGAGUCCAGGAGUCCAGGCAGCCAGGGAGACAGCAGGAGUUGGAGUCUGAAUUGGGGAGAGUAAGGAAGAAGCCUGCCACAGCCCAGGUGUGUCCUUGAACCUCAUCAGGAGGUGAGGACAAGCCGGAAGUUGAGUCGGCCGGAAGUUCCCCCCCAGCCCUUGAGAGGAUGGAGCGGUCCACCCAGGAGCUGUUCCUCAACUUCACCGUGGUCCUCAUCACCGUUCUUCUCAUGUGGCUCCUCGUGAGGUCCUAUCAGUACUGAGAGAGGCCAGGACUUGCUCCCAGGCCUGCCUCCAUGCGUGCCUGCCCUGAGAGCCCACAGCUGCCCUCGUCAUGGGGGGUCGCUCUUGGCACCCCUCGCUCCUCUCCCCCGCACUCACCAUGCCAGACAUCUCCCAGCACCAGGGGUGAUUGUGUGUUCUCUAAAGAUGCUGCUUGCACGGCCUGUCGCGUGGUGACCAGUGAACACUAGAUCUAGCCCCAGCUCCUACUGCUAAUGUGUUAGACAGGCCACAAGGUCAGAAUCAAACUGGAUUCAUGUUGCUGCUGAAUUAGAACAGCCCCUGAUGUG